AAGAACGGUAGCGAUGAAUGAAGAAAAAACAGCAACGUCGCGGGAACAGCACGAUUCGUGACCACGUUCACAAACACAACCGUUCGAACGGAACAUGCUGCUGGGAAGAAAAGCGCAGGAAAACGGGUAAAAAAACACGCGCUAGAAUACCCGCCGGGGCGGAAUCGAUAGAAGCGCCAGAAAAGAAACAAGGAAGAAACCCUGCAAAAGUACGCAAAAACGGAAGAAGAGAUCAGAAGAGGAAGAACACAACGAAAAGCCACGUUUCGAACGCGCGUAUGUGUGUGUGUGUGUGUGUUUUUUUUUGUUUGCAAGGGAAAAGAAGAUAUAAACGACAUGACGAAGAGAACAUAGAAAAAAAAACAGUUGAACAGCGGGGGUAGUUCCGAAGUGCAUUUAAUGAGCCGUACAAACACACACACGCACGGUGGAAUACAUACCUUAGCACGGCUGUGAAUGUGUGUGCGUAUGCUAGCGGCACACCAACACUAGCACGCGUGCGGUAACGAAACUGCGCUAGCGCCGCCACCAUCGUCACGCUACAGCGGCUACAGUGAGUAAGAAGAGGCGAAGAAGCCCCCCGGUACGGGAAGCGGCAGAAGAAAACAACCAAGCGAAGAAGCAAAACAGACAGUUCGCGCAACUGCGAUGGUACAAGAAGAGCAAGAAGCAACAUAACAGAAAAAAGCAAUCGAUGAUGAUGAUGACGAUGACGACGACGACGACGACGAGACGACGUAGAUGAGAAAGUUUAAUUGUAGCCCAUUCGCUCUCGCACGUAGAUGUGUGGUGUAUAGUGUGGUAGCAGAAAAGAGACGGCUAGCGGUGGAGUCAGAGUGUGUGUGAAAGAGAAACGUGAUCGCUGUUUAAAGGUGUGUGUGUGUGUAUGUGUGGUGUGUACAGUAUUUUGCAGCACACACCGCAAGUUAAAAACCCACACGAUGCAAGACAGGCACGAAAACUGUAAGCCCAACUUUGUGGAGGAGUUUAUUGAGCUGUACAAAAGUUUCCCGUGCCUGUGGCAUCGGAAGUCGAGCGAGUACGAGCAGCAGAAGCAGCGCGCUUACGAUGCGCUGGUGCAAAAGUACCGCGAGGUUGAUCCGCAGGCAAACAAGGAGACGGUUAAGCGAAAAAUUAACGCACUCCGAACUGGAUAUCGCAAGCAGUUGCGACGGUUGAAUCGGCCAUCCCGAGCAGCAGGCAGCAGUAGUAGCAGUAACAACAACAGCGACGCCCAGCGGCAACCGACCUGGUGGUAUUUUCAACUGUUUGACUUCCUAGACGACUAUCCCAGCUGGCUGAAGCAGAACGGCCGACAGGAGCAAUCGCAGCAAGCCCAUAUGUCACAGGACUCCGAGGUGGAGCAAGCAGAUGACAUUGAUGACAGUUUGGAGCAGCAGCAGCAGCAACAGCAACAUACCAUCAAUUCACAGUGGACUGAAUCGUGUAGUAGUGGCUCACAGCACCAAUUCCAACCACUGACGACUGCGCAACGGCGCAGUACAGCAUCUGCUUGGGUUAGCGGCGAGCAAGAGUUAGACGAGCUGGUGGACCAGAAAUUGAACGACUUCCUACAGCAUGAUCCAUCGGCGGUGUACGGCAAGCAUGUCGCUAACAAGCUGCGGUCGCUGAACGAACUGCAGAACAAGUUCGCCCAGAAGCUGAUCAACGAUAUCAUAUUCGAGGCAGAGAUGGGGAGUUUGAGCAGAGACUGCACCCUGGAAGGAUUGACAGGCGUCGAACCGAACGAUUCCCAAAGGAAUAGUUUGACGCAUCAUUAGAAAGGUGGAAAUGGUUCGGAGUUUGAGUGUGUUUCAGCAAAGAUUAUCAGGUCUGGAAUAUGUUGAGUUAAAAUGUCGUCAUCAAUAUGAAUUGUAAAGAAGAAAAGUCAUAAAUGUGAUGUAAAUGUAAAUGAAUAUUCAAAUGCAUUUAAUGUUUUGUUAAACCUUA